CUAGUCCCUCUUGUUUCUCCACGCUGCGGAGUUUCCCAUUGUGGCGCAGUUUUCCAGUCUGGCGCACUUCCCCAGUCUGGUUAGACGCUGCCCUGGACUUUGGACACACUGGACGCUCAGCAGGACGCACGGAGGAGGCACACAGCGGACAUCGCGCUCUUGAUUUGCGGCUUUAACACGAUGGAGCCAGCCUUUGGGGAGGUGAAUCAGCUCGGCGGGGUGUUUGUGAACGGCAGGCCGCUGCCCAACGCCAUCCGGCUGCGCAUCGUGGAGCUGGCGCAGCUCGGCAUCCGCCCGUGUGACAUCAGCCGCCAGCUGCGCGUGUCCCACGGCUGCGUCAGUAAAAUCCUCGCGCGGUACAACGAGACGGGCUCCAUCCUUCCCGGGGCCAUCGGGGGCAGUAAGCCCCGCGUGACCACCCCCACCGUGGUCAAACAUAUACGGACGUACAAACAGCGGGACCCGGGGAUUUUCGCCUGGGAGAUCCGGGACCGGCUGCUCGCGGACGGCGUUUGUGACAAGUUCAACCUCCCGUCCGUGAGCUCCAUCAGCCGCAUCCUGCGCAACAAGAUUGGAAACCUGUCCCAGCAGAGUCACUACGAGACGGGGAAGCCCUCUCACCCGCCCCCGCAGCCCGCGCUGCCCUACAACCACUUGUACUCGUACCCCAGCUCCAAAGUGCCCACUCCCCCGGGCAUGGCGGCGCUGCCCGGACACAUGGCCAUGCAUCGGAUAUGGCCCUCGUCGCACUCCGUCACUGACAUUCUGGGCAUCCGCUCCAUCACCGAGCAGCAAAUUAGCGACAGUCCAUCCUUUCCCUGCGCCAAACUAGAAGAAUGGAGCGCUAUUAACAGGACUAAUUUCUCCGCAGCCGCAGCCUGUUCGCCGCUAAUCAAUGGCGUGGAUAAACCGCAUUUAGAACCAGAAGCAAAAUACGCCCAGACGCCGAGUGGUUUGCCCAGCACAGUGAACAGUUAUGUCACGGCGGGCAGCAUCCCUCCCUACCCCCCUCCCACCCCAAUGUCUCCUUACAUGGGGUACAGCGGCACCAGCUCGGCCUAUGUGAGCGCCCACACAUGGCAGGGGCCCAGUGGCAGUGCGCUCUCUCCCCACAACUGUGACCUCACUGCCCCCAUCGCCUUCAAGAGCGUGGCCCCCCCUCGGGACCUCCACCCGGCCCCCACCGCCGUACUCUAGAGGACACAAGGGCGCGGCCGGGUUUGCACUAAAGUCAGGUGGUGCGGUUUGGGUUGGCGUGGCAUGGUACCGGAGCGGCUACAGUUAGGUAUAGGCAAACUGAAGAGGGCCCCAAACUGAAGAGGGUCCCAAAACUUAAAGGGCCCAUAUUAUGUAUGACACUGUUGUCUGAUCUCUGUUCUAAUGUCGUUUCCUCAUCACACACACACACACCUGGAGCUGUGUUUUGUUUCAUUCACAUGUUUAACACACAAAUCCUGCACAUUUAGAUUUAGAGUUCUUUUCUCAAACUGAAAACACUCUGUUCCACCUUGUGAUGUCAUGUGGUGAUACAGAAAGUGCUACACUGCAUUUUGAAACUCUGCAUGCCUUCACUAGAAUCAUAUGGGAGAUUUCAGCCUCGGAAUUGCCAAUCUCUACUGAACUAAAGGUAAAAGGAGCUGUUCACUUGAAAACUACCAUUUCAUGACAUCACAAGGUGGAGCAGAGUGUUCUCCAGGUCUGUUUUUGAGGAGGGAACAACAUUAGAAUAUGGUUUAAAGCACACAGGAGUCAGUUUUGUGUAAUAUAGGAUCUUUAAAACAUACUUUUCUUGUGGUGGCACUUUGAAAUUUAAAUGGAGAAUUUGAGCUUUAAAAUGGCGUUCUGCUCCAGAUUGAACUUCUCUGCUGUGAGGUUGGUGGAACCAUACAAAAUAAUACAACCCAGUGAUGAUGGAGACCCCCUUUGGGCUGGGUCUACAUCAUGUAGUACAGCGUUUGUGAUCCCUGCAAAACUACUCAUGGAGUUCAGGGGGUGGGACAAAAUAAUCUAAUCUGUGAUGGGAAUUGAGUUAGAAUGAGAUAAGAGAAAUGUAAUUUGUCCCAUGAGGAGGACAUUUCAGCGCUUCUACCGGAAAAUACAGCAGGAAAAUGACAAGUAUCAAAAAUGAUGCAAAUGUGGGUUCUGUGUGCGCAGGUGUGUGAGUGACAGAGCGGAACAAGUGAAACAAUGGAUGGAAAUGUUAUUUGUCCUGAGCAAAAACGUAAAUACAGUAAUGACUUUUGUCAGUAGUGAGUUCAUCUUUAGAGCGAAUUCGACUUAAGAUGUGUGUAGUGGUUCCAUUGCAAAAGAAAUGUUAUUCUGUGAACUGAACUAAAGUUUGGAAAGACAAAACAUGUUUGCACAAUGAGACUUUAAGUUGGAAGCUGCAGGUGUACAGGAAAAAAACUUGAAUUGAGAGAUUUCAUUUUGAAUCCUCCCUUGAAGUUUAUUCAGAGAAAUGUAAAGAAAAAAUUUAUUACACGUUUUCAUCAUGUCAUGUUUUGUAUAAAAAUCAGGUGUAAGCUUUAAAAACUACCAGUUGGCCAUUUUUGGGACAUUUGAAUAAAUAAGAUUUGACUUAAGAUUUUUGUUAAAACUUGAAUAAAUCAGACAUGGAGUGGAAUAUAAAAAAAAAAAAUCCUUGAGUACGUUUCAUUAAAAUCUUGUUCAGUACAAGACUGUAAAGUUUGGUGUGUGUAGAUGCUACUUUAGGGGCUGAUCCUUGUGUCUGUGUGGGGAAAUACAUUUGGAGAAAACAGCCACUGAAGUUACAUUAUCCCACAUCUAACUGCAAUAUCACCAUGGAUGUGAGCUCAGUAAAUUAAAUAUAUAAUUAAAUAACUUUUUUUGUGUGCAGAGUGGAACAUCGUGUUGUUUCCACAUGAAAGCGUGUGGCUAAUAGACCAAACUGACCAAAAAAAAAAAAAGUGUUGCCUGCAGCGUCUCACCUUGAAUAAUAAAUAAACAUAAAAGGAGAACAACACAGUAAACUCUACAGACAGCUUCCCACAUGUCAAAUCUAAAGACUAUAGCGCAUAAGGAAUGAUCAGCUAUGGCUGCUUUUGUCCAUACGUGCCCCUACGUUAACUCACUAAAUUCCCUCUUUGUUCACAAUGUGCACUUUGUAUUCUACUUUUCUGUUUCAUUGGACAUCACAACAUUCUAUAGGUCAAUAUUAUUUAUUACAGACGGAGGCAGCUCAAAUGAA